AUCUUUUUUAAAAAUUAAACGCUAUAAUAACUCUUAAAAUGCUUGGAAAAUUCUUUAUUAAUAUAACUCUUAUAUAUUUUCGAAUUCAUCAAAUUCAUCUUUAUUGUGAUGUAAAAAAUAAUACAUUUUAAGUGUAUGUUAAAUCAACUUUGGAGUCUAACGGUUUUUGCCUUUAAAGGUUAUGUGAUUAAUGUUAUGUCAAAUUUAAAUGUCACAGUAAACUUAUUUUAUCAAUUUUCUGCAUAUAAAAAUUAUGCAAAGUAAUUUUUGAACUAUUUUGUGUUUGAAAAACUUGACAUAUGGCUCUUUCUACGCCAGGAGCUUCCCGAACUAAACCCAUCUCAUGUGGCGGAUUUGAAAAAACCCCGAAAUCGCAUUUUUCAACUCCGAAGUGUAACUAUGCAACUCCUAAAGUUAAAAAGCUUGAAUAUGUCCCAACUACACCAGAUUGUUUCAAUAUUGUACAAGUCGAAACCCCAGUAAUCAAGAGAAGAAGCAGUAAAGACAAAUUUGACGAAGUCAGUAACUUGACCGUUGCUGUAAGGAUAAGGCCUAUGAAUGCAAGAGAAUUGGUUAUAGUAGGUGCUACAGACGUGGUGCGUGUACGAAAGCAAGAAUUAAUUAUUAGAGCACAAAAUAGUAAUAAUGGCUUAAAUACUGAUCAUAUAUUUCAGUAUGAUCAUAUCUUUUGGUCGUGUGAUGAAUCUAACGAUAUUUAUGCAUCUCAGGAGGAUAUAUUUUUAACUUUAGGAAAACCUUUACUCAAUAGUGCAUUUAGAGGUUACAAUGGCUGUCUUUUUGCUUAUGGACAGACAGGCUCGGGCAAAAGUUUCAGUAUGAUGGGUAAAAAUAUGUGUGAAGCUGUUGAUAUUGAUUGUCAUCUUUUCUCAGGGAUUACGCCGAGGUUUUGUAGAGCUAUUUUUGAUAGAAUAUCUCAAUUAGAUAGUACCUCCAUAUGUACAGUAGAAAUCAGUUAUUUUGAGAUAUACAAUGAAAAAAUACAUGAUUUACUUUCCAACAACACCAGUACUAAUAAAACGCCUUUAAAAGUCAGAGAACAUCCAGAAUUAGGACCAUAUGUAGUUGAUUUAAGUAUUCAAGUUGUUAAAUCUUACAAUGAUUUGAGAAAAUGGCUCUUAAUAGGUAACAAAAAUAGAGCAACAGCAGCUACUACUAUGAACGAAAAAUCAUCCAGAUCUCACAGUAUUUUUACUAUAGAACUUUGUCUUUCUGAUGAUAAGAAUGGAGAAAGUGCUAGCAGAAGAAGUAGAAUUAGUUUAGUAGAUCUAGCAGGUAGUGAACGAUUGAGUAAUUCCCAAGGCAGUGAAGAUAAAAUUAGAGAAGGGGUUCAUAUAAACAAAUCAUUACUUACACUUGGAAAAGUUAUUUCAGCUUUGGCAGACCAGAAGAAGAAUCAUUUUGUGCCUUAUCGUGAAUCUGUUUUGACCUGGUUACUUAGGGAAAGUCUUGGUGGAAACUCACUAACUACAAUGUUGGCAACAAUUUCACCAUCCAGUACGCAUGUAGAUGAAAGUUUAGCAACUCUUAGGUAUGCUUGCCAAGCUAGAUCAAUAGUGAACAGAGCUAGAGUUAAUGAAAAUCCCCAUGAUAGAUUAAUUCGUGAGCUUAGAUGCGAAGUUGAAAGAUUGAGAGCUCUGCGACAAGAUUAUGAAAGGAGCUCCUUAUCCACAUCUUCUUUAAAUUCUUGUAACGAAAGCCAUGAUGAAGAAUUAGAUGAAUUAAGAAAAAAACUGACAGAUUCUGAGAAGCAGUUAGAAGAAGCUCAGAGGAAUUGGGAAAAGAGAUUUUUGGAAACUAAAGAAAGUCAGUUGAAGGAAUUAGCUGAAGCUGAAAAGUAUAAAGCCGAAUUAGAAUCUAAAGUUAGAAUUAUGAAAAAGAUAGAUAAUAAUGUUAAUUUAUCUUUAUAUCAAACCAAUUUUCUCGAAGAAUUGGAAGGUGUUUUAACUCAAGAAACAACGAGUUUAUGUGAUAGUGAUUUAGUAGAAGUUUUGAAAAAUUGGUGUUGUAAAAAUGGUUUAAUUUGCACAUUUUCAUCAGACGCUCUAAUAAUAAAAGAUCCAUUGAAGAACAAACAGUCGCGUAUAUUAACAAAUUCUAUUAGUAUGAAAGGAUAUGAGAAUAUUAACGAUUUUGUAAAUAAUUUAACUUGGAUAGAUUGCAAAAAUCUUGCAAAAAAAAUCAACAAAAAUGAAAUAUUAACUUCAAUGAAUCAAAUUUAUCAAGCAUUGGCCAAUCUUCAACCUCCAGAAAAUGAAAAUAAUCUAUGCCUAUUAUUUGCCAAAGUUAAUAAGACCUUGCAGAGCUUUGAGGCAGCUCUCUUAAAUAACAUUAAAAACAACGGGUGUCAAAAAGUUGUAACAUUUAAUACAGAUGAUUUGAAGUGAUUGUAUUUGAUUCGAUGUAGAUUAAUUGCUCAACACAGAUGUUUGAUAUGAUUUUGUUAUUUACGAAAUUGGAAGUUUCAUUUCAGUUUUUCAUAGUGAUUUUUUUGUUGAAAUUGAAGAGCAUAGUUUAAUUUAGUUUCAUUUGUAAAUCAGUCAAAUUACCAAUUUCACAAUGAUAUUAACACAAAAUUAAUUUUUUGUAUGUUAAUACUAUGCUGAAAAAACUGAUGAUUUGAUGAGAUCUCUCUCCAACUUUAUGAUUUUUUUUGUGAGUUCUGUCCAGCAUUGUUAACAAGACCUCUUAAUUUCUUAUUUUGGCUAUUUAUGUACCAGAUUCAGCUUUUUUCUAUAAUUCUCUCUCAUUUUUGUCGCGGUGAGUUUUCUUAAACUUUUGUCUGUUUCAUUAUAAUUUGGCUGUUUUUUUCUGGUUUCUGUAACGUAUCCAUCUAGAUUUCCAGUAAAUGUUUCUAUUUUAUUCUUACCACUUAUCUGAUUUUUUUACUAAUUUGAUACUACUAGUAGUUCAAAUGAACCUGGAUGUAAUUAACUAAUUCACGGUGUUACCAAGAUAGAUGACAUCAUUGACUGAUUUUUACAGAUGAAAUCCUCGGGAGUCCUUGGACAAAAUUAAUAAUAAACCAUACCUAGGAUAUUAUUUUUUAUUUUUGUAUUUUUUAUUAAUUUAUUGCUUUUAAAUAUUUGACAGUGUUUUUUUAUUAUAAAAAUUAUGUAUAAUAAAUAAAUAAAAAAACUUUUUCUUUUCUGUUUAGAAAUUUAUCUAAAAAUCUGAAUAAAAAUGUAAAUUAUCCAUCCUACUCAAAUAAAUCAUGAAACUAAUAAUAUACCAAGAUAGAUAACGUUUCGUUACCCAAUAAAGUAAUUUUUGAUGCUUUUUCGCUUAUUUUAUGUAUGUGAGAGGUCAAAAUGACUACUUGAGAAAUUUUCGAAAACCAAUUGACUUAUUUUACAGCUGCCGGAACACCGACACCCUUUGUUCCACUGAAAGCUAUAUUUUGAUGAUGAAAUGACCUAUUAUGGAGAUGUUCUGAAAUGUAUCGAGCUAUAAAGAAACUAGGGAGAAAAUAUCACUUCUACACAGCGAUAAAGUUUUAGGACAAAAGAAAUUUCAGUUCGAGCCAUUAGAGGAAAUAAAAGAAAACUACCUAAACAAUGGAAGGAUAA